AUGUUUUCUUCCAAGUUUUUAAGUGGUUCCAACCCGCUCAGUGCCGUCUCCUCUGCGGUCAACAAAUUUGGGUUGUUUGGGGACGAUGGAGAAGGUGAUAAGAACCAGAAAGCCCAACAAGGGACGCAACAACCCGCAGCUAGCCAGGGAAAGGGAGGUCCAACGCAGCAACAAAGACCACAGAGCCAGGGACAGCCUCAAAAUGGACAGUCCAAUGGGGGACCACAGGCUGCGAAGGGUCCCCAAGGCGCAGCUAAACCUGGAGGUCAACCAACGCAACAAAAUAAAACAGGAACUCUAGACCAAAGUUCAAAAACUGGUCAAAAGGACUCUGCGCCCAAGUCCACAGAGCAAGGACAGGGCAAAACACAGCAAAAAGAACCUACAAAGACUGAAUUAGGGUCCAAACCUGGAGCACAGCAAGGGCAAACCAAAGUACCUAGUGUAGGAGGAGCACCCAAACCUGGUCAGCAAGGGGCACCAAAUGUAGUGGGUCAAACUCAAGGAGCAGCCAAGCCCGGUUCACAGCAGGGGUUGCCUAAUGUAGGAAGGCAACAGCAAGGUCAAAAAGGAGCACCCAAUGUAGGAGGGGCACAGAAACCUGGUCAGCAAGGGGCAGCCAAUGUCGGAGGGGCACCCAAACCUGGUUCACAGCAAGGAUCGCCUAAUGUAGGGAGGCAACAGGCAGGGUCACCCAAACCAGGUCAGCAAGGCCCACCUAAGUCAGGAUCGGCCGGAGCACCCAGGGCUGGGUCCGCAUCGCCCGCUGUGGCUAAAGCCGGAGCUAAGUCUCGGAUCUGCACAGUUUGUAACACCACACAGCUGAACAUGGACACCAAAGAGCCGCCCAACUACAAAACGUGUACGCAGUGUAAGACGGAGGUGUGCAGCCUGUGCGGAUUCAGCCCGCCAGACGCCUCUGGAAAGGAGUGGCUGUGUCUUACCUGCCAGAUGCAAAGAGCCCAAGGUCCUCCACCAUCAGGGCCACAGAUGAAGAAACCAACUCCUUCUCCAAACCAGAAAUCUCCUACGCCUGCGAAGAAAGACAUCGCCCAAUCAACCUCCCCUUUAAAAUCCCAACCUAACCCAAAAGAUCCAAAAGCCACCACGGAGACACAAAAACUACCCCCGAAAUCUGAUGCAAAUCUGGGCAAACAAAGUAGUGAUGCCCCCCCUGUUCCUCAACAGUCUGGUGGGUUGUUUGGGUUCGGCGGUUCCAAAACGGACACGGCAAAAUCUAAGGAUUCCGUCACUGGGAAGAUGUUUGGUUUUGGUUCUUCCUUUUUGAGUUCUGCGACAACUUUGAUAUCUUCGGAUGAAACCAAAACAACUCCACCGGUUUCUCCAAAAGUCCAACCGGCAAACCCUGGCAAAAAAGUGGACCAGGAAAAGGCACAAGAAAAGCCUACGGGAAAAGGGCAAGCGAAAGUUCAAACUACGGAUACGUCAAAGGCUAAAGCGUCUGCAAUUUCGCUAAAGGAUGUACCGUUAGCUUGUCCGCUAUGUCAUACUGGACUGAACAGCUCGUCCGGGAAACCUAAUUACGAUGCAUGUACGGACUGCAAGGGCAUCGUGUGUAACCAGUGUGGAUUUAACCCCAUGCCAAAUGACAAAGAGGGGAAUGUGUGGCUGUGCUUGAACUGCCAGGUGAAGCUUGCCUCUGGAGGACCUGAGCCUGAGGUGAAAAAGUCCGCAGCGACCCAACCUGCUUCACAGAGAAAACCACCUCCGGCCAAGACUGAGGGAGUCAAGGUACUGGACAAAGACAACCAGAAGGAGCCCAGCCAACCACCUGGAGCUAAACCAACCCAGGGCCCUCCUCUGAAACCAGGGGACCAGACUGUUCAAAAGCCAAGAAGCAUGUCUCCAGCUCCACCGCAGCAGGAGACGGGAGGCUUCUUUGGGUUUGGCCCUCCAAAAAGUCAACCCGAGCCAGCCAAACCAGCAGAGUCGGUCACCGGGAAAAUGUUUGGAUUCAGCUCUUCCAUUUUCAGCUCUGCCUCGACUCUGAUAACCUCAGCGGUCCAGGAUGAAUCCAAAAGUACGCCCCCAAUCUCACCCAAAAUGUCCAAAAGUGAGUCUAAACCCACUCCGAUUGCUGCUGCCAAGAAACAAGAGCCAGAGAGGAAACUGGAAGAAGGGAGGGGUCAGCCAAAGGAGCAGACAAAGAAUCCAACGGGAAAAUCAGUUUGUCCGCUGUGUAAACUCCAGCUCAAUGUGGGAACUAAAGACCCCCCCAACUACAACACCUGUACCGAGUGCAAGAGCGUAGUGUGCAACCAGUGUGGAUUUAACCCCAUGCCAAAUGUCAAGGAGGUAAAGGAGUGGUUAUGCCUCAACUGUCAGAUGCAUAGAGCUCUAGGUUCAUCAGAGCAACAAGCAAUGCCAUCUAAGAAACCCCAGACUUCCCCAAAUAAGGCCUCAGCUCCAGCUGGUGCAGUGAAGAAGGAACCAUCUCCCCAGGUUCAGAAGAAAGACCUAUCAAAGCCCACAACUCAAAGUGCAGGCCCACCAGGAUCUCCUCAGCGGAAACCACAACCAGCGCAGCAACUAGUAAAGCCUGACAGUGGAAAAAAUCCAGAAAAACAGGUCCAAGGUAGUCCGGCUCCUACUCUGAAAUCCAAGGAGGUCAACAAGCCUAUGGAGUCCAAACCACAAAGUGUUUCUGGUGGUCCAAAACCUCCAGCAGAACCUACAAAACCAGCUGAGUCAAUAGGUGGGAAAAUGUUCGGAUUUGGUUCUUCAAUAUUUAGCUCUGCAAGUUCAAUGAUAACUUCAGCAGCGCAAGAUGAGAAAACAACGCCUCCAGUAUCUCCAAAAAUGCCUACUGCCAAGACAACAAAAUCACCUCAAAUUCUGCGAAAAGAUGAGGAGAAGAAACCAGGUCAGGUUAAUCAGCCAAAUGCAACUUCACUGCCCCAAGCCAAAGUUGAAAAAGCUCCGUCUCAGCCAGGGAAACAAACUGCUCCCACCGCAAAUAAAGCAUCCAAAACAACUGAAUCUGUCUCUGGAAAGAUGUUUGGCUUUGGUUCGUCCAUUUUCAGUUCAGCUUCCACUUUGAUAUCGUCAGCAGUUCAGGAUGAAUCUCGAAUCACUCCCCCGGCCUCUCGGAAGAUGUCUGCUCCGGCCCAAGCCUCCCCCAAGAUGUCCCCUGGGCCCAAGGUCUCGCCAAAACAGCCCACACCAACAGGUUCUCCCAAAAGAGAACCUGCAGCUGCCCAUAAAGCAGAGGAGGGGCAGAAGAAAAGUGUCCUGUCCCAGGAAAAGAAAGAGGCUAAAGUGCCACCACAAGCUCCAAAGAACAUUGACUGUCCACUGUGUAAAACCAAGUUCAACAUUGGAUCCAAGGAUCCACCGAAUUACAACACAUGUACUGGGUGUAAGGAGACGGUGUGCAAUCAGUGUGGCUUCUGCCCCAUGCCCAUUGGAGAGGCAAAGGAAUGGUUAUGCCUGAACUGUCAGGUGAAAAGAGCAGCUGCUGUACCAGAACCUCAGGCUCUUCAAGUCAUCAAGUCGCCAAGCAAAGCCCCUGCAGUGGGCCAGAAGACAGACGCAGCUCCCGAGAAGAAGGAUACGACACAGCCUGCACCACUAAAGAAGACCCCAGAACCUCAGCCACAAGACAAAGUUAGUGGACCUACUGAAAAGAAGGAAGUUCUGGACCAGAAAACCCCACAGCCCAAACCACAGAAAACUCCGGAUCAGGGAGCACAGUCUCCUCGAAGGCAGAGCAAAGAGCAAGAGUCUGCAGGCUUCUUUGGCUUUGGGACUCCUAAAGCUCAGCCUGAAUCUGGAAAGCCAGAAGAAUCAGUUGGUGGAAAAAUGUUUGGGUUUGGUUCUUCUAUCUUCAGUUCUGCAUCCACUCUAAUAACUUCUGCUACUUCCACUCCACCUGUCUCUCCUAAACUGUCUCAUAAUCCAUCUCCUGCAAAGGAAGCCAAGUCUCCUGUUCCACAAAAAACAGAGGAGCAGAAGAAAGAAGAGGCUAAAACCAUCUCAGCCGGGCAAACUAAAGUGGACAAAGGUGUACCACAGCCAACAAAGAUAGCAGCAGCAACAGCUGCCCCAGCUGUCAAACCAGGACAAUCCACCUGUCCACUGUGUAAGGUUCAGCUCAACAUCAACACCAAAGACCCACCCAACUACAGCAACUGCACUGAGUGCAAGAGCACUGUGUGCAACCAGUGUGGCUUCAACCCUUCACCUAAUGACCUAAAAGGACAGGAAUGGCUAUGCCUGAACUGUCAGGUGAAAAGAGCAGCGACUAUGUCAGAACCACAGGCUCCUGAAAUGAUCAAGUCACCAAGCAAAGCUCCUGCUGCAGGACACAAGACAGACUCAGUUCCUGAGAAGAAAGAUACUCCACAGUCAGCACCACUAAAGAAGACCUCGGAACCUCAGCCACAAGAUAAAGUUAGUGGACCUGCAGAAAAGAAGGAAGUUCUGGACCAGAAAGCUCCACAGGCCAAACCCCAAAAAACACCAGAUCAGGGAGCACAGUCUCCUCGAAGGCAGAGCAAAGAGCAAGAGUCUGGAGGCUUCUUUGGGUUUGGUUCUCCCAAAGCUCAGCCUCAAUCUGGAAAGCCUGAAGAGUCAGUUGGUGGAAAAAUGUUUGGGUUUGGUUCUUCUAUCUUCAGUUCUGCAUCCACUUUAAUAACUUCUGCUACUUCCACUCCACCUGUCUCUCCUAAGGUGUCUCCUAAACCGUCUCCUGCAAAGGAAGCUAAUUCACCUAUUCCACAAAAAACAGAGGAGCAGAAGAAAGGAGACGCUAAAACAAUUCCAGCUGGGCAAACUAAAGUGGACAAAGGUUUACCACAGCCAACAAAAAUGGCGGCCCCAGCUGUCAAACCAGGACAAUCCACCUGUCCACUGUGUAAGGUUCAGCUCAACAUCAACACCAAAGACACACCCAACUACAGCAACUGCACUGAGUGCAAGAGCACUGUGUGCAACCAGUGUGGCUUCAAUCCUUCACCUAAUGACCUAACAGGACAAGCAAAGGAAUGGCUAUGCCUGAACUGUCAGGUUAAAAGAGCAGCUGUUGUAUCAGAACCUCGGGCUCCUCAACUCCUCAAGUCACCAAGCAAAGCCCCUGGAGCGGGCCAGAAGACAGACGCAGCUCCUGAGAAGAAGGAUACUCCACAGCCUAUGCCACUAAAGAAGACCCCAGAACCUCAGCCACAAGAUAAAGUUUGUGGAUCUGCUGAAAAGAAGGAAGUUUUGGACCAGAAAGCUCCACUGCCCAAACCUCAAAAAACUUCAGAUCAGGGAGCACAGUCUCCUCGAAGGCAGAGCAAAGAGCAAGAGUCUGCAGGCUUCUUUGGGUUUGGUACUUCGAAAUCUCAGCCUGAAUCUGGAAAGCCUGAAGAGUCAGUUGGUGGAAAAAUGUUUGGGUUUGGUUCUUCUAUCUUCAGUUCUGCAUCCACUUUAAUAACUUCUGCUACUUCCACUCCACCUGUCUCUCCUAAGGUGUCUCCUAAACCGUCUCCUGCAAAGGAAGCUAAUUCACCUAUUCCACAAAAAACAGAGGAGCAGAAGAAAGGAGACGCUAAAACAAUUCCAGCUGGGCAAACUAAAGUGGAUAAAGAUGCACCACAGCCAGCAAAAACUGCCGCAGCAUCAGCAGCCCCAGCUGCCCCAGCUGUCAAACCAGGACAAUCCACCUGUCCAUUGUGUAAGGUUCAGCUCAACAUCAACACCAAAGACACACCCAACUACAGCAACUGCACUGAGUGCAAGAGCACUGUGUGCAACCAGUGUGGCUUCAAUCCUUCACCUAAUGAACUAACAGGACAGAUCAAGGAAUGGCUAUGCCUUAAUUGCCAGGUUAAAAGAGCAGCUGCUGUACCAGAACCACGGGCUCCUCAAGUCACCAUGUCUCCAAGCAAAGCCCCUACUGGAGGACAGAAGACAGACACAGCUCCUGAGAAGGUUACUGCACAGCCUAUGCCACUAAAGAAGACCCCAGAACCUCAGCUACAAGACAAAGUUAGUGGACCUGCCGAAAAGAAGGAAGUUCUGGGCCAGAAAGAUCCACAGGCCAAACCCCAAAAAACUCCAGAUCAGGGAGCACGGUCUCCUCGAAGGCAGAGCAAAGAGCAAGAGUCUGGAGGCUUCUUUGGGUUUGGGGCUCCUAAAGCUCUUCCUGAAUCUGGAAAGCCAGAGGAGUCAGUUGGUGGAAAAAUGUUUGGGUUUGGUUCUUCUAUCUUCAGUUCUGCAUCCACUUUAAUAACUUCUGCUACUUCCACUCCACCUGUCUCUCCUAAACUGUCUCCCAAACCGUCUCCUGCAAAGGAAGCCAAGUCACCUGUUUCACAAAAAACAGAGGAGCAGAAGAAAGAAGAGGCUAAAAUGAUCUCAGCUGAGCAAACUAAAGUGGACAAAGGUGUACCACAGCCAACAAAGACGGCGGCAGUAUCAGUUGGCCCAGCUGUCAAACCAGGACAAUCCACCUGUCCACUGUGUAAGGUUCAGCUCAACGUCAACACCAAAGACCCACCCAACUACAGCAACUGCACUGAGUGCAAGAGCACUGUGUGCAAACAGUGUGGAUUCAACCCUUCACCUAAUGACCUAACAGGUAAAGAGUGGUUGUGUCUGAAUUGCCAGACAAAAAGAGCUCUUUCUAUGGCUGAAACAGCAAAUAAAUUACCCGAAAAAACCCAGAAGAAAGACCCCACAACAGCAGAUGCCAAUCAGAAGAAGCCUUUGCCUAUAGAAGAAAAAGACAGAAUAGAUACUACAAAGGCUAAACAGGAGGGCCCUGUUCCUGCUCAAAAGAAGCCACAGGAGACAGUGAAAACACCUGAUCAAACAAGAAGACCAAGUAAUGCAUCUGUCAAGAGCCAGCCAGAUUCUGGUGGAUUCUUUGGAUUAGGUGGGAAAGCUCAGCCAGACACUACAAAGCCGUCUGAUUCUGUGUCAGGGAAAAUGUUUGGCUUUGGCUCGUCUCUCUUCAGCUCGGCUUCUACUUUGAUCUCCUCAGCAGUUCAGGACCAGCCAUUGACAACACCCCCGACUUCUCCAAAGAUGUCCACAGCUAAAGAUGUCAAAACUCCAACCAUACAGAAAGCUGCACCAGAGAAGAAAUCAGAACAGCCACAGCAAACCAAGACUUCUCCUGUAACCCAGGCAAAAGCAGAGAAGGCUUCAUCAGUACCUCCAAAGAAGACUGUCUCUCAAGGUGCAGUUAAGUUAGAAGAAGCUACUUGUCCUCUUUGCAAGGCUCAACUAAACAUCGGCUCCAAGGAUGCACCAAAUUAUAGUUCCUGCACUGAAUGCAAGAGUACUGUUUGCAACCAGUGUGGAUUUAGCCCAAUGCCAAGUAGUUCAGAGACAAAAGAGUGGUUAUGUCUGACCUGCCAGAUGCAAAGAGCCCUGAAACAGUCAGAGGAAGUUCAGCCUCCAUUAAAGAAACCUCUCGCAUCUCCAAACAAAGCAGCUACCCCUCCAGUUGCUCCUGGAGAAAGAAAAGAAGCACCUGUCACUCAAAAAGCAGAAGUGUCAGAGGAAAUAGCGAAAGAUAUAGUUCAACCAAGGCUAGAAGAAUCUAAGAUGCCUUCCAAAGUAUCAACAGACACACCUACUUCAGUUCCUACAAAAGAGGUUUCAACAACUAAAGACACUAAAGUCGGAGUUCUACCUAAAGCUCCAGUGAACAAGGCAGGUGUUAAAGUGGAAACUCAACCUGACACCUCUCCACCUCAGAAAGUAACAGAAACAAAAGAGGACCAACCAUCUACGCCUACAGGGAAGAAACAACCCCAGCCAGACACAAAGAAGGACAUAAAGACAGAAGAAAGCUCAAUCAAAGAAGAUUCAGGAGGUUUCUUUGGCUUUGGUAGUCCUAAAUCUCAGCGUUCUGCCUCGAUAAUACCUGAACCAGUGUCCGGGAAGGUGCUAGGCUUUGGGUCAUCUCUUUUUAGCUCGGCUUCUACUUUGAUAUCUUCUGCAGUAAAGGAUGAAUCCCGCAGUACACCGCCAAGUUCGAGAAAGAUGUCUGCCCCUCCUCAGGUUUCUGACAAGACUCCACCUUUGAAAGAGUCUCCGAAGCCAAGUCCUCCAGUUUCUCCAAAAGUUGCUCCUGCCAAAGACGCCAAAACAGUUACCACUCCAAAGGCAGAUGAGCAAAAAGCAGAAGACAAACCUCAGAAAGUUGCUGAGAAGGAAGUUAAAGAUGCCCCCAAACCAGAAUCUCCCAAACCAGUUUCGAAAGUGGAGCUAACUGUCUGCCCACUCUGUAAGUUGCAAAUCAACUUGUCUUCUAAAGAUGGCCGCAACUACAAUACAUGCACUGAAUGCAAAAAUGUGGUAUGCAACAAAUGUGGAUUCAGCCCAAUGCCAACUGUAUCAGAGGUAAAAGAAUGGCUUUGUCUCAACUGUCAGAUGCAGAGAGCACUUGGAGCAUCUGAACCUCCUGGUCUCCCAAUGAUGAAACCUUCACCCAAAAAGGAGAUCAUCCCAACACCUCCAACCAAGGAAAGUGCUGAGCCAGUAGCGGAUAAAAAUAAGGUUGCUGAUAAAUUUGAAGAAAAUAAAUUGCCUGUGGAAGUUACUCCAAAAGAAAAGGCUCCCAAACCUCAACUACAGAAGGCUCCAUCGAUCACUAAACCAGGAGAUGAUAGCAUACCCUCACAGAAGGUUACACCAGGUGUUCCAAGUCCUCCACCUGGUCAAGUUGAGGUCAAACAACCAUCGGAGCCAAAAAUUACACCGACCCCACUAAAGCCAACUCUAGAAGAGGUAAAGAAAGAGCUUCCAAAACCUGUCCCAUCUACAGUUUCAUCAGCUCCUCCAAAAGUUCCUGCUAAGGAAAAAACACCAUCUGAACAGCCUAUCACAUCGGUUCCUCCAGCUAUUCAUGUAGAACCAAAGACACCGAUCCAACAGCCUUCUAAACCAACAACAAGUGAAGCCUCCCCAGCAACUUCUAAAGGUUCUGAAAUGGUCAAACCUUCAUCAGAAAAGCCUGCUACUCCACCUGUAGAAGCAAAGGUUACCACGGAACAACUCCCCAAGCCUACGCCGACUAUGGACAAAGCAGUUCCGUCAGCACCAUCUCCCAAACCUGAAGUGAAGUCUGUUACCCCACCAGUUCCUGCAGAUGUAAAAGCAAUUGCUCAGCAACCUACAAAACAAGAGCCAUCUUCACCCAAACCUUCUCCCAAAGCUCCAGUAGACACCAAGGGACCCACAGCCCAAGCAGAAAUGCCUGGAACUCCUCCAGCUAAGACUGUUCCUCCAACUGCUGCCACUGCCAAAUCUGCACAACCAUCAGCGCAGCCUGCAAAACAAGAACCAUCUCCACCCAAACCUUCUCCCAAGGCUCCAGUAGAAAGCAAGGGACCCACAGCCCAAGCAGAAAUACCUGGAACUCCUCCAGCUAAGGCUGUUCCUCCAACUGCUGCCACUGCCAAAUCUGCGCAACCAUCAGUGCAGCCUGCAAAACAAGAACCAUCUCCACCCAAACCUUCUCCCAAGGCUCCAGUAGAAAGCAAGGGACCCGCAGCCCAAGCAGCCAAGCCUGGAACUCCUCCAGCUAAGACUGUUCCUCCAACUGCUGCCACUGCCAAACCUGCACAACCACCAUCACAGCCUGCAAAACAAGAGUCCGGCGGAUUCUUUGGUUUUGGUGGCCCCAAGCCUCAACCCGCAGCUCAGAAACCUGCAGAGUCGGUCACAGGGAAGAUGUUUGGCUUUGGAUCAUCUUUCUUGAGUUCAGCAUCAAAUUUAAUAACUUCAGCAGUUCAGGAGGAGCCUAAAACAACACCACCAACACCUCGCAAAAUGUCGGCAGCUCAAGUCUCUCCUAAAGCAACUCCCCCAGCCUCACCGAAAACUGUCCAGAAAGCUGAUGAGAAGAAACCACAAGAGAAGGUAUCGGUGGCCCCAAGCAAAGAGGAUAAAGUCUCACCAGAGCCUACCAAAGCACCAGUUGGUUCUAAAGUACUAACAAAGACAGAGAAAUCCUCCUGCCCCCUGUGUAAAGUGGAACUCAAUGUGGGCUCAAGGGACACUCCAAACUACAACACAUGUACUGAAUGCAAGAAAACAGUCUGCAACCAGUGUGGGUUUAAUCCAAUGCCAAAUGUGACUGAGGUAAAGGAAUGGCUGUGUUUGGACUGCCAGAUGAAACGGGCAAUAGGACCAUCAGAGGCCACUGGACUUCCUGCCAUGAAACCACUGGCACCAAGCAAACAGGACAAACCUCUUGCCCAGAAAGAGAAGCCUCCGGAACCUCAAGUGAAGAAGGAGACUGCUUCACCAACUCCACCCAAGAAAGAAGCUCCCAAGGUCGAGCCGUCCGUGCCAGCUACUGUCCCAGAUGCUGCCCCUGUCCGAAAAGGCUCUUUACCAAAAACCCAGCCACUUCCAACAACUCAACCAGCACCACCAGCGAAAGAUGCAGUCCAAAAGCAGCCACCAGUUGCAAAACCAGCCCAGCCGACCCCUCCUACAAAGGCAGAAGUCAAAGAAGCACCUCCAAAACAGGACACAACCAAACCCACGUCGCAACCUUCAAAACGCGCUCCCUCCCCAGCCAAGGCCGCACCGCCAUCCCAGCCUCCCAAGCAAGAAUCCGGUGGGUUUUUUGGAUUUGGUGGACCCAAAACACAACCGACCCCAGCUAAGACAGAAACGGUCACUGGCAAGAUGUUCGGUUUUGGUUCAUCAUUCCUUAGCUCUGCAUCGACGCUUAUCAACUCAGCUGUCCAGGACGAAGCUAAAACAACUCCACCAGUGUCCCCGAAAAUGUCUCCGGCCAAACCCAAGCCCGAACAACCAUCACAAGCAAAAGAUACGCCACCAGUGGAGAGAAAAGUGGAGAAAGUUACAAUGGAGCCCGCGAAAGUGGUUACAACGAAAGCAGCUCCGUCAACCUGUCCGCUCUGUAAGAUUGAGCUUAACAUUGGCUCCAAGGAUUCACCUAAUUAUAACACAUGUACAGAAUGCAAGAAUACUGUCUGCAACCUCUGUGGAUUUAACCCGAUGCCUCAUACAGCAGCGAAGGAAUGGCUGUGCUUGAACUGCCAGACUCAGAGGGCCUUGUCGGGACAGCUUGGAGAUCCGGGGAAAAUGUCUCAGCCGGCACCUCCAUCGAUCAAGGCAGAAACCCAGGCUGCACCACCAACCAAAAAGGAAGAGCCUCAACCUAUUCCAGCUGAUACAAAACCCGUCCCUCCUCCUGUCAAACCAAAGCCCGAGACUGCUCCCAAACCACAAACUCCACCUUUGCCCACCAAGAUGGAAAAAGAUGUUACAAAGCCUACACCAGUAUCUGAAAAGUUUCCAGAUGGCAAGCCUAUCCCACCAGCAAAACCCACCAAUGUUACUCCUGAAAAGAAGGCGGCUGAAGUUCCCAAAGCAGUGGCAAUGGAAGUUCAAAAAGAAGCAGAGAAACCAAAAGUAUUGGAGCCACCUGACAAACCAAAAGUGGAGGUACCAGCUGCACCCGCUCCUGUACCACCCACCAAGGCGACUGUGGCGCCCAUCUCCACUGUUCCGAAGUCUGAAGUAGCAGAAGUGGUGCCCGUGGCUCAGAAAAAGCCAUCGGAAGUGAUAACAUUGACAAAAGAUAUAAAAGCUGUCAAGGCCGAGGAAAAGAUACAAGAACCACAACCUGAAAAGAAAGUGGAACCAGUGUUAGUAGAGGACAGCAAGACCAAGGUUGCUGAGGAGGUCACUAAAGCUGCAGCAACUAAGGCUGCGGAAGAAGUUAAAGAGGAGCCAGCUAAAGAGAUUAAAAAGCCCUCUAUACCAACGCAACAGGUUAAAGUGGAAAUAUCUCAACCAAAAGACCAUGAUGAAAAUGAACCCCAAGUUUUGCCAAUAUGCGAAGAACCAAAGAGCACACAGGUGGUGGGUGACGCAAAUGAGAAUACCAUUAAACAAGUUGAACCAUUGGCUGCAAAGGAAGAAGUCAAAUCUGAGAAGAGGCGUUUAAGUUUCCAAGCCAUGGAGGAGAGCACUGAAAGUGAGCUCACGCCUUCACCUAGGGUCCAGAGGAGAAGGCUCAUAGUCACCCACAUUUCAUCAAGCAGUGAAGAUUUGAAAACUGAGAGCGCAGAUUCAUCCGGAGAAGACGAGGAAUUCAUACGCGAACAGAUUUUGGGCAUGCGCGAUGAGGAGCAGAUGUCACUUUCAGAGGACGAAAAAGAUAAAGAGGCAGUAGAUAUGAUUACUAAGGUUGUGGUUGACAAUGCCGCUCCUGUAACCAAACCUUCUCAACCUACAACUAGUGAAGAAACUGUAGUUAAACCAUCACCUCUAACUACAACAAAAACUACUCAGGAAGUUACCGAAACUGUGUUCAAGAAAGCAACACCAGCAAUGAGGCAAAGACAGAGCACUGAUGAAGAAGUGGAGAGCAUCACGGAAUCAUUGUCCAAGGGCUCAUCCAGUGUUCAGGCAUCCAGCUUCACCCCGGGAUCCUCACCAACAUCGGCUUCUUCUAUAGAGGAGGACAGCGAUAGUAGUCCGAGUCACCGAAAAAUCUCUGACAGACCUCAUAAGAAGGGUAAACAUCGACAACCAACACAGCCUCUUCCAACUAUUGAAGAUUCAUCUGAAGAAGAAAGGACAAGGGAGGAGGAGAGGUCAUGGCAAGAUAAAGAAGAAGAUGUUUCGUCUUCUGAAGAGUUACGGCAAGUCACUGUAGUAAGUGAUAAAUCAGGAUCUGACCGCUCCGCCAGUGUGGAGUCAGUGGACCGGCAAGCUGUCCAAAGAGGCCGCAAGCCUUCACCAACAGUUAUACCGUUCACACCGGAGCCUGCCCCACAAAUAAUGAUGAAGACUUUGAAGAGCGCUGAUGAAGCUUAUGAAGAAAUCCUCCAGAAAGCAAAAGCAAUCCCAGGAGAGAGUCCGCCUGAUAUUGAACCAAUGUAUGGAGGAAUGCCAAUAGAAGAUUACCUCUAUGAGUCACUAGUUGAAGACUCUGAAAGGAUAUGUGGAAGUGAAGAGCUCAAAAUUGACAUCGUCUCUGAGCCGGAAAAGAAACUUCGAUCUCCAGAAGAAGUUUAUGAAGAGAUGAUGCAGAAAAAGCGAGAACUGAUGAUGAUCGAACAGGAGCUUCAAGAAGCCCAGACUUUGCUUGAAGCUUCAGCAGCUGCAGAGCUAGAGAGUUUUGUGGUCUCUAUGCCUGUUGAGGAGCCAUCUUCUCCUCCUUUAGCUGAAGGUGAAGAAUCCCAAACUGACAUGCAAGUUAGGAAGAAGAAAAGACCAGCUCCACCACGCCCUACUGAGCCUCCAAAGCGUACUGAAGGGACAGUUUAUCCUUGUGGUCCAACUGGUAUAAGUUUUGUGAGGCCAAUGAUUCCACAAGACCCUUCACUUUGUAAAGCACUGUUUCCUAUACCAGAUCUAAAAAUUACUCAAUGUUCUUCAGGAGAGGAAGAGGAAGAUAGUCUUGCUGAUGAGUAUGGUGUGGGUAUGUCUUCGGACAUUACACCCAGUGAUGAUUCCGAUGCUAAAGAACCUAGCCCACCAUUGUCCGAAACUGCAGAAAUGGAGCCUAUCAGUGUAGUUUGUGAAAUACCAGAGGCAAAGCCAAUUCCAGCUCCAAUAUCAGCCCCAGAACUGACGUCUACACCUUCUCCUGUAUCACCUGUUUCUCCACCAACUUCCCCUGCCUCUCCAGAGUCAAGUUUGGCAACGUCAACCUCUUCAUACCAGGCUCAAACGCCUCCUUCAUUAGAUUCGACACCACUGUCUACACCUACUCCUCCGACAUCAGUUUUAACCCAGUCCCCACUAGACGCAGUUUCUGUAAUGCCCCAGAAUAUAGCCACUGACCACGCUUUGUCCACUGUUGUAGUUACGAUACCUGACGUGGUGUCUGAACCUUCCAAACCUUCAUUUACUGACCUUCAGAAAGACCAAGCUAAGGACAGAACUUCAGGUGUGGCAGAAACAUUAGCUGCUGAACAGACCUCAGCUCAAAUGCCGGACUUGGUUUCAUCCCCCUCCCAGAUGCCAGUUGAGACCGUUACGCAGGUCACAGCAGCAACUGUAGAACCUACUGUAGUGUCAGUUCAAUCCAGAACCGGGGCAGUUACAUCAGUUGUGGGACCAGCUGCUACGAGCCAAGCUGAUUUACGUUCUGGAACUCCUGUUAUAGUGCAGAUGCCAGACUUGGUGUCAACAGCAUCCCCUGCAGUUUCAGCAAUUGUCACAAUUCCAUCACAAGCCCAGACAGCUGUUGUUCACUCUGGCCUUGUCCAACCAGCUGUUCCAUCUACAAGUCAAACAAGCCAAGCACCCAUUACCUCAACGACAAUAGUCAAACGAAAGGUCCCGCCUCCUCCACCUCCUCGAUCAACUUCGGUUUCUUUGCCGGAUGAAAGACCGCAACAGACUGUCUCUCCAGCUAUCACUACAGUCACUGCUGUUACAUCAAGGCCUACGCAGCCAAUGCAGUCUGUAGUUGUAGACAUACAGCCGAGAAUAGACGCUGGUGCUGAUGCAACUCAGUUAGUUACACCAACUAGGCAAGGUCAUGUUAUGAUCAUUGUGCCUACUAAAGAAAAAGUGUGUCUUGAUAAUCAAACACAAGACAGCAUGGCAUCAAUUACCUCUGACACAGUUACACAAGCUGCUAUUUCCUCAAAGGUGUCGGCUCCACCAAUUCCCCCUAAACCUGUGCCAGCAACAAAAGCUCCUCCUGAGGCAGCUGACACGGUAGAAUUAACUGUUGGUGAUACUCCUCCACCAGCUCCAUUACCCAAGCCUCCUGUUUCUCCCAAGCCGCAUAUCCCCAGUGCCAGUAUAUCGACAACAACCACCACAACCACCACAUCUGUGUCCCAGACCCCUGUAACCAUGAGUAGUCCAAGUCAUAUGAUCAAGCCUCCUCCUCCAAUUCCACCAAAACCUGUUUCUAUUCCAGCUGGGUUGGUCUUUAGCCACAAACCAGGAGAAACUGUCAAACCACCCUAUGCUAUUCCCAAAGCUGCAACACUUCCAAGAACAAAAGAACCACCAAAUGCCCUUUCUCUCAGCAUUACACGGCCUGUGGAAUCAAAAAUGGGAGCAACAUCACCUAAAUCACCAGUAUCUCCAAGAAAUGCGAAAUGUAUUGAAACCUAUGUGGUCAUAACCCUGCCCUCAGAACCAGGUGAACCUAGUUCUCCACCAGACGGUAUUACAGUUGUGGCACCAGUAAGACGAGGGUCAACUCCUUCUACUAAAGUAUCAGAGGUGCGUGCCACACCAGCGGAGCAGAAAACCCCUGUAACAAAGGCAGCACCAAGGAGGUCAUCUGUGCCCACUGUGAGAUAUCCUUCACCAACUCCACCUCCCACUGUGGUUGUAGAACAAGCACCCCCUAGGGUGGUAGUUAGUGAAACACAGCAGAAACAAGUCUCUGUUGUAUCUAUGCAAACUGCACAAUCUGUCAUUGAUGCUGCAGCGAUGCCAUGUAAAGACACACCUAUUCAAGUGCAGAGUGUAGCUCUUCCAAUCAAGAAACCAUAUGUACAACUUGUAGAACAAAAGCCAAUUACUCAGCCCCUACCAGCACCAGAGGUAAUUGUGUUGUCUUCGGAGCCAGUUAUUCCUAUUAAACCACAGACAGUACAAGUAACAGCAAGAGCACAGCCUGUCUGCUCAGAAAAACCUACAGAAACAGUUUCUCACGUCCCACCAACAUCUGUAGAAGCACAGCCAGUACAGCCUCCAGAUGUUUAUGUUAAUAUACAAGCUACUGAUAUUACAACUGGUAUUUCCCCACAGCUGCAACAAGUUGAAACCUGUAUAGAAAUUCAGAAUGUUCUCCAGGAAGAACAGGCUGCGAUAGAAACACCACUAACUGUCUAUGAGCCAUAUAUUAUCACGACUGAGCAGAAGCAACAUAAAGAACACACAAUUUAUGAUCUUCCAGAGGUCCAGCUGCCUUCUAUGCAGCAGACACCUUCAGUCACUGAGGUAGAAGGUCAAGCAGUUAUUCUAAUGCCCCCACCUACAGCAGCAGAAGUUAUAAGUGUAGUGCAAGCUACCAUUCCCAAGACAAGCCCACCAUCUACACUGAUUGGGGUCCAGGACGUGACUGUGCAACCUAUGGCAGCUCCAAAUGCCUAUGUUGGAGAUAGUCUUACUGACAUUGCCCUGCCUGUCAUGCAGUCUCCAACGCCACCACUUGAAAUAAUAGCACUGCCUUAUGAGAGACUCACAGAUGUCAAAACUGAAAAUGUCUGGAGCACUACAAUACCAUCAGCAGCACAACCUCAAACUGUGAUCCCAGUAGACGUUUUUACAACCGAUGAAACCACUACUAGAAGGACUUCAAUAAUGUCUGUUCCACAGCCAAUAUUUGUCACAAGUCAGACAGUCCCCUACCCUACAGAUUAUGACGUAUCUGCACAGAUAGUUAAAACAGAAGAGCCUGCUGCUAGGAGGGCAUCCAUAACUCUACAACAACCAACACAAAAAGAUGAAAUAGUGUACAUGCCACCAGAGAGCAAUGUUUCAAUCACAAUACCUGAAAGAUCUGAACCAAAACCAGUUUUUAUUUCAGAAUAUGAUCACACACAAAUGGAAGAUGACAUGUAUGGGAGGAGAUCUUCAAUACCGACACAAGAUAUCCCACAGGCUGUUUCGGCUACUCCAGUCACAAUAACAAAAAUCCAACAGGAAUCUAUCGAAAGUCAGGAGAUCCGAGGACAAGAAAAGGUCGUCUCUAGUUUGAGCCAUGUGUAUUCUUCACAGAUUUCUACCUCAGGUCAACCUCCUGAAAGCAUGCCAAGCCUUGUUACUCAGGUUGUCACAACUGAAGUGCAACGAACAACUGUCUCUGUAGUUCAUGAAAGAAUCCCACAGGUACCCCCUUCAAAUGUGGCAGUUACCAUUCAGCCUGAAAUUAGAGCCACACCUACUCCUCCAAAACAGAAUGGAAGGGUGUAUCCAGUUGAUGUGAUUGAUUUGCGCACAAUAAGAGAUGGGGUAAAGAUGACUGAACAAGGAAUGGACUUGACUCCGCCUGAAUCUUGUCGACAGUCAUUUUCAAGUGACUCCAGUUUGCGUCAAAUCACUGCAGUUCAGCCUGAGAUAGUGAACCUCAGUGCAGAAGUCACUCCCUCAACAACUUUAGCUGUCGUGACAGAUAGUAUCACCAUAGUCACUUGCACUGCCACCAUUGCCUCGUAUACCCCAGCAGAAAAACCUCUUGAUUUACAAGGUUCUGUCACAUCAACGGCACUCCCUCUAACGACAUACAAACCAUUCGAACCAUUAGCGCAGAUUGUAUAUAAACCGGUAAACACAACACCUCCAACCAGUAUGAUAACAUCUGCCGUUCAAGACCUACCAAUGAACCUUUCUUAUGGAGCUAUAGUCUCUUCUGAAGCAAAAUCUCCCUCAGCACCAGUCAUUUCCAUAGAGACUAAUGGCGCCAUAGAUUUGUCAAACUACAAACCAAUGCGAGCUAUAGUGGCUUUGUCGAGUACAAGUCCAGGAGUAGCUACCACCAUUAUUGAAGAUGAUGACACUCCAAUUGACCUGACAGCUGGAAGGAGGAGUGUCUGUUGCGAUGUCAUAUAUAAGCUCCCGUUUGCCGGAAGUUGUGGGGCUCAACCUGCAGUCACUACCCAGCCAGACAGCCAAUACCAGCAGGAUAGCACAGGGUUGUACAGUGUCAAAGGCAUGAACGGGAUGAAGGUGUCACUGUCAGAGACCAAUAUUCCAGAAGUGGCAUUGGUUCCAUAUGAUCCAACCAAAGACUAUUUCAAUGGGUCAUCUGAUGGAGCCAUAGACCUCACUGCUGCUAAACUUGCAGGUAAACCCUUGGACUACACUAGCAAAGCCGCUGGAGGUUACCCUGGAUUGGCUACUUCCCCUUAUGGUCAAAGUCCUUCAGCUGGCUUUGGUGUAAACAGUGCUAUAAGAACCUCUGACGGAAUAGUCUACACAUCAGUUGCUGCUCCAGUCCCAUCAACGUAUGCUAUUACCACUCAGCCAGGGUCCAUAUUUAGCACAACCCACAGCCCUAUUGCCCCCAACCUAAAUCAAGCGUUAGUCCCUUACCAGUUAAUCCCUACUACCGAUAUUGGCCAGAUUAUUCCUUACGACACCGGGCUGCCUAAGGAACUUUUACCAACCGCUCUGGCUGACAUCAUUACAGGCUAUCAAGAGAUGUACUCCGACACCACGUUAGAAGCCAUUGCUGCUUCUUUGGAUGCCCUAGCUACCUCCCCAAUAUUCCCAGGCUUGGACAGCACCAAAAUGGCCCAGUAUCAGAUGGAAAGAGAAUUCCUCGAACUGGAAAAACUCAAACAGAUAUGUCUUGCCGAAGAGCUGGAGUGGGAGAGACAGGAGAUCCAGCGUUACCGAGAGCAAGAGCAACUGAUGGUCCAGAGAGAACUCGAAGAGCUGCAGGCUUUGAAACAGCAAUUACUUUUGCAGCAAGAGGAGGAACAUCAUGCUCAUAUGGUGGCCCAGCAAGAGACAUACGCACAGCAGAAAGAGCAACUGCAGCAGAUUCAACAGCUCCAGUUGCAGCUUCAAAGACAGCUAGACGAGCAUUAUGGCACCAACACAGCUCAUCUCCUUGAAGCUAAGUACGCAGGUGUAGGGGACAGUGGUCAGUACUGGCCUGUGAAAGAUGAAUCCUCAACUCCAGCCGUAGGGGUACAGUUAGAAAGUAGUCAGGAUCAGCUACAUGUUAAAAAGCUUCAGGCUGACCAGGACAUGGGUAAAAAGAUUAGCGAUAGCGGAGUGCACUCAGAUGAUGAAGACUCAGAAAAGCAAGCAACAAGCAGUUUGGGAAGGAGAAAGAAGACGAAGAGAACCUCUGAUAGUUCGCCACCGACGGAUGACGAAGAUGACUGGGAUACUCCGACAAAAUCUCGCCGGCGUUCGCGAAAGCAUAGCAGCGAAGGAAAACAUGGUUCCAAAGUGUCAAGCAUAGCAAUACAGACAGUAGCUGAGAUUUCCGUCCAAACAGACCAUUCUGGGUCAAUAAAACGACCGGUUCUGGAUACAAAAGUGGAAAUUAUUAAGCAUAUCUCAGCACCAGAGAAUUCACAGAGAGGCGGAAGUCUGAGUUGUCAAACAGAGAGACACCAACCAAUUGAGUUGGGAUACAGCACACAUCUAACCGCUGAUGGGCAAUGUAAAUCUAAAGUUUUUUACGGUUCUGUCUCACCCGUGUCACCUGAGAAGUCGCUAGGAGGACAGAGGAUGCUGAUGGCGGAUCCCAACCGGUUUUCCUCUGGUCCGCGAUCACUGAAACCUGGCCAGAAGUCCCUAUCUGAUCCCAAAUCCCUUAGUCCUACAACUGACGAUAGGAUGGGGUACUAUGGUGAUGGCUAUUCUGGCCGUGGUUCCCCAUCUAGUACAGGUAAGAAGGUGAAGAGAACCUUGCCAGACCCACCGCCAGAGGAGGAGUCGGUGUCUGGGCGGUCGGGAUACAGCACAAACUCUGCUAGGAGAAGACUGGCGAGAAGUACGACCAUGGCCCGGGCAAAGAUCUUACAGGAUAUUGACAAGGAAUUGGACCUGGUGGAGAGAGAAUCCUCCAAACUGCGCAAGAAACAGGCUGAGCUUGAUGAAGAAGAAAAAGAGAUUGAUGCCAAGUUACGGUACCUGGAGAUGGGUAUCAACCGGCGCAAGGAGGCAUUGCUGAAGGAGCGUGAGAAGAGAGAAAGGGCCUAUCUCCAAGGGGUGGCAGAAGAACGGGAUUACAUGUCGGAUAGCGAGGUCAGCAACAUCAGGGAGGAGAGGGGAGAAGGCAUGGAACGCCCACGGACAGCUCCCCAGUCCGAAUUUGACCAGUUCAUCCCCCCGCAGACAGAGGCCGACUCCCAGUACAACACCCUAACCAGCCCCUACUCCCACUACGCUCAGUACGUGCCCCAAACCCAGACCACCAGCCACUACACUCAGCAAGGACUCUACCAACAACAGUCCUUAUACCACCAACAGGUUUCUCCUUAUCAGAAUGUCCCCACUCUGUCACUGUCCCAGGCCCAGCCCAGCAGUUACCAACACGCUCUGCUCCUGCAACAAGGGAAGCAGAGGCAGACCACCUUGUCCGAUCUCGAGCCUAAAAUGGCCACCAACUAUGAAGUCAUUCGCAAUCAGCCCCUGCUCAUCGUGCCCACCUCCUCGGAGAGUGGAUACGGCGUGGCGCCCCUGGGGAGUAAGUUUGCGAGUCUCGACUUGAGACUUGGACUGGAGGAGAGGAGCAUGGCAUCCAGUCCCAUGUCCAGCAUCUCUGCUGAUUCCUUUUAUGCGGAUAUAGAUCAUCACAAUGCUAGGAACUAUGUGCUCAUAGAGGACAUAGGGGAGCUGACCAAAGCCUCCAGUGGCAUGGGGAGCUCUGGCUUCAGUCUGCCUGAUAAGGAGUUAUCCAAGGCAGACAGACUCCUCCGAGCAGCAGAAGUCAGGCGCACAGCAGAGAUGGCAGAUUUCUUAGGAUCAUCGCGACUUCAAGGUUACAGUAAAGGGGAAGACGACACCAUGGAAGAGCCCUACGAGCUGAAGCUACUGAAGCAGCAAAUAAAGCAAGAGUUUAGGAGAGGGACAGAAGGAUUGGAGCAUCUCACAGGCCUGGGCCUGCCACAGUAUCUCCAUAGCGACCCCACUUUUCGUCACUUCCCAAAAGGUGAGAAAUACAGCAUUGGCAGACUUACUCUUGAAAAACAGGCUGCAAAGCAGCUCCCUGCGGCAGUACUGUACCAAAAACAAAUGAAAAACAAAAAGGCCCUGUUAGACCCAAAAGCCAUCAGUAAAUGUUCCCCAAUCCAAGAGAGUAGGGAUCUGGAGCCGGACUAUGCCAGCUACAUGGGAUCAGGGGCCUCCUCUGUGACCAAUCUGGCAGCCCGGGCCAGACUGCUCCAGGAUGAAAUCACCUUUGGUCUGAGGAAGAACUUGGCGGAGCAGCAGAAGUAUUUGGGAUCGUCUCUGGGGGCAAACCUGGCCGGCUCCCUGAACCUGGGCCAAAGUCUGGGACUGGGCACAGCUCUGGAUGGGACAUACCCCAGUGGCUCACGCUCCCGGCCCUCCUCUCGGCCCUCCUCCCGACCCUCCUCAGUGUAUGGCUUAGACCUGUCAAUCAAACGGGACCUGUCCAGCUCCUCUCUCAGACUCAAACCAGAGGGGGAUGUCCUGGAUGCAGCCUUUGCCCCUGGGGUGGCCAGAACCAAGCCCACUAGCUUACCCAUCAGCCAGAGCCGGGGUCGUAUCCCCAUAGUGGCUCAGAACUCAGAAGAAGAGAGCCCCCUGAGCCCGGUGGGGCAGCCCAUGGGCAUGGCCCGGGCCUCCGCAGGGCCCCUGCCCCCCAUCUCCGCUGACUCCAGGGACCAGUUUGGGUCGAGCCAUUCUCUGCCUGAGGUGCAGCAGCACAUGAGGGAGGAGUCCCGCACUCGCGGCUAUGACCGGGACAUGGCAUUCAUCAUGGACGACUUACAGGGCGCUAUGUCAGACAGUGAAGCUGGAGGCCCAAACUGGAAUAUAGAAGCUUACCAUCUGAGGAGGGAGGACACAGACUGGUUUGAUAAGCCCAGAGAAGGACAUCCGCAGAGUGGGCACGUGGACAGGAGACAGAUGAAACUGGUGCCAUAUGCUUUCCCACACGCUCGCAUUAAGCUCCAAAGAGACCAGAGGGACUGCAGUGUCUCAGGUAACGGUCUGGGGAUCCGUGUGGUGGGCGGGAAGGAAAUCCCAGGCAGCAGAGGGGAGAUCGGAGCCUAUAUCGCAGCAGUCAUCCCUGGAGGAGCGGCAGAGCAAACGGGAAAAAUCAUGGAGGGCAUGCAGGUGCUGGAGUGGAACGGCCUCCCGCUGACAGGAAAGACCUAUGAGGAGGUGCAGUGCAUCGUGGGUCAGCCGUGUGCCGAGGCGGAGCUCUGCGUGCGCCUUGACCUGAACAUGCUUUCUGACCCAGACCACCCACAAGUAUUGGAGCACCAUUUUAAAUCAAGCGGACAGCGCUCCCCAGGUGUUGAUCCGAAGCAGUUGGCGGCGGAGCUCCAGAAGGUGUCCCAGCAGCAGGGCCCUGGGAUGAUGGGAGCACCAAUGGGUCCUGGGGGUCUUGGAGUGCUCUCAGCUUUGGAACGCUCCGCACUCCUUCAGUCCGGCCCAGGAUCAGCCGCCUCCAGUGGGGUACCCAGCCCGGGCCAGCCUGCCUCUCCUGCCAUCAACAAGAAGCAGAGGCACAAGGUAAGAACUGAAGUCACCAGAACACCUCACCCCAUCACGGGCGAGAUCCAGCUCCAAAUCAACUAUGACAGGAACCUGGGUAACCUGAUCGUCCACGUGCUCCAGGCCAGGAACCUAGCCCCCCGGGACAAUGACGGCUACUCCGACCCCUUCGUCAAAGUCUACCUGCUCCCGGGACGAGGACAAGUCAUGGUUGUCCAGAAUGCAAGCGCCGACAACAAACGCAGGACCAAGUACGCCCAGAAGACUGUCAACCCCGAGUGGAACCAGACUGUCAUUUACAAGAACAUCCACUUGGAGCAGCUGAAAAAGAAGACUCUAGAGGUGACGGUGUGGGACUACGACCGAUCCUCCUCUAAUGACUUCCUGGGAGAAGUGCUGAUUGACCUGUCUAACACAUCCCAGUUGGACAACAUCCCGCGCUGGCUUCCUCUGAAGGAGCAGAGCGAGAGCAUCGAGCACAGCCGGGCCCACCACACAACCCAGGGGCCCCCAGAAUCCGGGCCAGCAUCGGGGCCAGGGCAGGGCCACAUGCCAGGAGCUGGGAUGGGACCAGGGAGCACCCACGGAGGGCUGGGUCACGCCUCGGGGCAGGGGGAUGGUACUCACGACUCGCCCAAAAACUCUGUCAUCAAGAGUCGCAGCCACGGAAUCUUCCCCGAUCCAGGCAAAGAGAUGCAGAUGCUGCCUCUGGAGAAGUCCCACAGCAGUCCGGGCAGCUCCAAAUCCUCCUCUGAGGGCCAGCUCCUGUCCCACGGCCCCUCUCGCUCCCAAAGCAAGAGCAGCGUCACCCAAGCCCACCUGGAGGAUGCCGGCAUCGCCAUAGCAGCCGCCGAGGCCGCAGUGCAACAGUCCCGCUUGCAACCAAGACCUGGACACCGCCUGGCUGAUGUCUCUGGCUCAGUGGUCCUGUCUGCUCCCAGUCUGGUCGGGGACGCAUACGGAGACGGAGAGGACGGGGCGUGCAGCGGGGUGGACAGCGCCAUCUUUCAAGUCCCACGAAUGAAGGCGAUUCCCAACGGCACUGACAAACAUCACAUCGUCACACCAGAAAAUGAAGGUGCGAAAGUGCAGGUGAUGGGGGAGAUCAAAGUGGCUCUGAAGAAGGAGGUGAAGACAGAAGGAGACCAGCUGGUCCUGGAGAUCCUCCAGUGCAGAAACAUCACGUACAAGUUCAAAAGCCCCGACCAUCUCCCAGACCUGUACGUGAAGCUGUACGUGGUGAACGUGGCCACACAAAAGAGGAUCAUCAAGAAGAAGACCCGAGUGUGCCGCCAUGACAGAGAGCCAUCCUUCAACGAGACCUUCAGGUUUCCCCUCAACCCCACCGGACACUCCAUACAGCUUUUCUUGGUGUCCAACGGUGGCAAGUUCAUGAAGAAGACCCUGAUCGGAGAGGCCUAUAUCUGGCUGGACAAAGUGGACAUGAGGAAGCGGGUGGUUAGCUGGCACAAGCUGUUAGCUAGCACCGCGCUAACCAACCCCUGAGUUGCAUUCGACGCCUGGACACCACGGCAGAGAAUUCCAACGAGGAACGAUGUAAACCCGAACGUACAUCAACUUCCUGAGAAAAAAAAAAAGAUAAUUACGAUACGCCAAGAAAUUAGCACUGCCAGCACAAAGGUCCGUUCGCCUCACUGGUUGGGUUGUGCAUGGAUGCAAUCGGAAAAGUUGACAGACUUCCAUACCAGCUGUAGAAACGGAAUUAUGUUUUGUGAAGUUGUUCCGAUUUAAAUGACGAUUGUGAAGUGUGACAUAGCGCUCUUAACAGUAGGAAUGUUUGUUUAAUUUUCGAUUUUUUUUUCAUAGUCAGAAAAUCUAUGGAAGUUAUAUGGAUCAAAAUGGGAUUGGGGUGUACAGCACUUCAGAUUGUAGAUAUAACAGAGCAUAUCAGAGUAUAACAUUGUACAGUGAGAUGUGAAAUGAUACAGGGAAUAAUGAAAUAUAUUAAAUAAAUACAGAUCAGAGUCAGCUAUACAGAAUUACUACGAUAAGGCUGGAGACGGCGCACUGACAAUCCAUUCAUGUCUAUAGAAAUAUAUGGGGAUGGUUUGGCGAUGACGGACCUAGACUGUAAGAGGAGAUGUAGUAGUAGUAG